ACGGCGAGCAACGUGCGACGUGCCACACUCCCUCCGGCCGGUUUAUCAUCGGUACAGUCUCGAUUGUAUUAUCGCCAAUAGUAACACCUGAUUCGGUCAUUGCAGCUCGCGGGGCAAUCACGCGUUGACACGCGACUUUUCUCGCGAUUUCGAUAACGCGCUCUGAACAGUCACGAUUUUUGUAUCGGUCGCUCUAUCUUGUAUCGGUUUUCGGAAUUUUCGAGUGAAGGUCUCACGCACACACGUACACGGUAAGUCGAUCGAUACAUCGAUCGAGUCAUCUCUGACAAAGUUCUGGCGCGUAUCUCGCGAACAGUCGUUUGUGCGCGCAACGGCUUCAAGCAUUGUCGUGCUCGGUUGUCCUCGUCGUCGAGGGAGAGAGGGGAAACGCGCGGCAGAAAAAAAGGCGACGAAGGAAACCGUGAUAAAGAGAGAAAGAGGUAGAGAUCGCGACGGAGAUCAGAGGCAGUCGUCGCGCGUCACACGGAGCGUAUCCCGAAGAAAACCCUCGGCUACUCGACGGCAAAACGCCAAGGAGGAUCCGUCGUCGGCAGUUUGUUGACCCCGAUCGAGCGCUCUUCAAGACGGUGAUCGCGAUUCCUUCCUCGAGGGCGUUUUCAAUCAAGAUUUUGCGUCCUGGUGUUCCGACGGAGCCGCUCAUCGCACGCGUCAUUGUUCCAUCAGGCGUGGUUUUCCUCUCAGUGACUGGGAACGAAGAGAUGCGGUAGACGAGAGCGAAUGACAAUGUUGUUGAACGCGAGUUACAGCAGGCAGUCGAGCGCGUCGUCGACCAGAGGUUUCCUCUGGCUACUGUGGCUCGGACUGUUCGCGAGCUUGGUCUCGCCGAGUCUCUCAUUAGAAGACAUCGCCUGUUGCGCCGAGGGAACGACAUGGGAGCGUUCGUUCAACUGCACGAACGACACAAGGAUCCGGCUGAACUGCCCGUACGGCAUUUUCAUGGUUGAUCCUGAAGCGAAUGAGCACGACAACUUCACCAUCAUCUACGAGAAUGAUACCGCGUGGUUGUACAUGUAUUCUGAGAACCUCAAAGUCGCAUCGAGCAGAUUCUGUACCCUCACGUUGGAACGGAACAACAGGAACAGCAACGUCGCCCUGGCAUGCUUCGAGAACGAACUAAUCGAGGACUUCUCGUGGAAGAGCCUGUUGAUUUGCAUCGUCAGCAUCAUCUCGGCCGUCUUCCUGAUCGCCACUUUAGCGGUCUACGUGAUACUGCCGGAGCUGAGGGAGCUUCAAGACAAGGCGAUGAUGGCCGCGGUCACCACCCUGGCGGUCAGCUACAUCAUCCUCUCAGUUCAGCACUUGCGGCUGAACGUCGACGGCGAUUACAACAUAUGCGCUUCUCUCGGAUUCAUCCUAUACUUCGCCUUCAUGUCCGCAUUCUUCUGGCUGAACAUCGUGGCCUUCAACAUUUGGCGCGCCGUGUGGUUCAAGAACUUCAGGGUGAAGGAGCAGUCGCUCUUCUAUGCUUACUGCAUCUGGGGAUGGGGUGGCCCGACGUGUUGUUUGCUCACUGCGUUGACGCUGCAUCUUAUAGAAGGUCCACAUCUGAAACCUGGUUUCGGCGAGUUCAGUUGCUGGUUCGGCGGCAACAUUCAGACGUGGGCGUACUUUUACGGGCCGAUAGCUACCUUGCUAACGUUGAACAUUAUCUAUCUCGGGCUGACCAGUUGGCGUUUAUGGCAUCAGUAUCGCGAUUACACGGGCAGCAAGCUGCGAGUUUUACGAUUCAAAUGUUUGCUGUACAUCAAGCUGGUGCUCAUCAUGGGCAUCACCUGGAUCUUCGAGGUGAUAUCAUUCGCCGUCGACACGAAAAUAGAGGAGUUCUGGAUACCGACGGACCUAUUGAACGGUCUUCAAGGAGUCUUAAUAUUCCUGCUGUUGGUCGCGACGCGGAAAAGAGUGAGGAAGCUGUUGGCGAAGAAGCGGCCUUGCGGCAUCGGCUUUCCGAAAUCCUGGGCGGCUUAUGAGGACGAGGAAUGCGAGGCUGUGCUACCCGAGGAGCUCGAGCUGUCCCAGCAAGGAUAACGCGGGCGCUUUUGCGCAGUUCCUUCCCCCGUCAGCUAUCCUGGACUGCGAGCUUAUGCGUCACGUAUGCGUCAGGCAUAAGAGAUAUCGUACCUGUGCAUUUAAUAUGAGAAAUGUCGCCGUCGGCAGAGACGACCUCCCGGAAAAACGUCCGCAUUAUUACGUAUAGACGCGAUCGAUGCACAGAUAGUAAUAAUAACGUGACUAUUGUCUCGCGCCCGUCGUUAAAAUAAUCUUGCGUAUGUACGCUCAUGAUUAUUUGCGUUAUUCCACGCGGAAUGCGCCUCGUGGUUUCGACGAUUAGCAUAGAGAAACCGGCGAGAAGGCGCACACGCGCGAUAAUGUUAUCCAAGAAUCUCCGUAAGUUACGUAACGAGCCGGAAAGAAUGACUUAUUUGCGUGUGGAAGUGUUAGAAAUACAAAAAGUACAUUACACGAUUACUCAUGAACUAUAUGCGUAAUAUCACCUCGCCCGUGAUCGAGUCAGAUUCGUCGAGGAUGUGAUUCAAUUACGGUAUCACUCACUCGCGGAAACGUAACGACGUCACGACUGAGUCGACGAGACGUCUUUACGAUUUCCCGCGAAAACGUGUGAAUUCCUCGCUCUCUCAUUCAUACAUCCCCAUCGGCGUUUCGAACGAGAUUAUAUCAUCAUAAUAAUUUAUCUUUGCGUCAAUGUUGGGCGCUAAUUGAUCGAAAUUUCCGUCGACUAAAAUAAUCGACAAUCAAAAUUCAUUAAUCAUCUCGUAUAUAAUCACAAAUGAUUCAAUCGAUCGAUGAAAUUAAUUUAUUAAUCAAGGUAUAAUCAGUGACAUCAGAGUUUAAUUAAUAUCUAAUUUCACCAAUCGAGGAUAUUAUUUUUGUGAUUUUAUAUAUGACGAUUUUAUUUUAAUUUCUUUUUGUGAUUUACUUGUUUUUUGACUAUUGAUUCGCCGCUUAUUUUAGUCGAGAGAAAUUUCAAUCAACUAAUUCCCGACGCUGCUUUGCGUAUGUGAGUUAUUUAUCGUGUGUCUCAAGCGCGCCUAGAUUUUCGUGAACAUUACGCAAGCAGAAAUUCGCCGAAAUUCGCCAGGCAUUAACCUUCGACAUUAAUCCCCGACUCGCGAGUAAUCUUGUUUAUUUCUUGAAUAUAAAUCUACUGAAAAGGGGAGGCCCGAUAGAUACACGCGUAUCCAACUUGGAAACGCGCAAAACACACGCAGGACGUUUAGGUGUGGAAUUUUUUUUUCUUUUUUGAAAAGAAGGCGAGAGAAAUCAUUGACGCGCUUUUCUGAAUUCGGGACAUCGGGACGAAACGACAUCGUACGUAUACACACACAGAGAGAAGUUUAUAGUAAAGAUUGCUACGCACGGAGAAAACUGUUGUGGUUUGUUUACGUCAUAUAAUGCUGAGAAUACUGUUCAAACACGUACGGACAGCAAAGAAGACCAGUAUACCAGAGUACUGUGGUUACUAUAACCAUUUCGUACGCAUAGACAAAAAAUAACAUUAAUAUUUCGUUACGGUAAGUUUAGACAUAUUUGUUGUGGCAUAUCCGCUGUUGUGACAAUUAAUAUCCUUAUUGUUUCUUCCAUAGUAGGAUUUUGUAAGAAGAAAAAAUCGACAUUCUGCAGUAAUUCACUUCCAUUUCACGUGUGCUACUUAUAUUUUGGAAACUAGAAUGUGUUAUUAAGACACUUAUUGUACUUCUAACGAAAUUAGCUACGUCUUUCAGCAGAACAGACCUUACUGACCAGGUCUGCUUCUAUACCAGAGACACAUAGCAAAAUUGAAAAGAUUUUAUAUGAAAAAAGAAAAGAACUAUAAUAUUCUCUCCGUGCAGAACAAGCUAUCGAAAGGUAAACAGGGUUAAGGCCGUUUGUGGUACGAUUACGUGAUUCGAAGGUUACCGCACACGCUCACCGCCCGCGAAAUAUCACUCGCGAUAUAUCGCGGCGGUGGCACCAAUUUUGAGAUAAUUAAUCUUCCACUGCCGCGGCCUCUCCACGCCCGCGGCCAUGAGUAAAAUUUCUAGAAUAGCUUUGCCAAAAAAAAAAAAAAAAAAAAAAAAGAAGAUCAUUCUCCGCGGGCGUUGAACAACGUCGACCGCAUCGCGCCGAUACGCACUACUUCCGCUAAUUUCGCGCAUCACUCACUUACCCAAGUAGAACAACGUUAUCUUAAAGUAUUCCAUUUUACUACAUAAAAUUAAGUCAGGAUAACUUUAUUUUCGGUACAAAAGUUAAGUUUCUGUUUGCUGAAAAGAUUAUCUAAUGUCCGCCCGAAAGAUAACUUUUAAUAUCCAAAAAGAUAUCAUUUAGAUAUAAAAGUAUCAAGUUGGUACAUGGAUAUAAAUUAAAUAUAUGUCAAAUGAUAACUAUAAGAUACAUAAAUAAACUAGCUAUUAAGCAACUGUAAAUUGUUAUUUAAUUGAUGUCACAUUAAAGGAGACGAAUUAUUGA